AUGGCCCUCACCAUCACCUCAAUGCUCUCCAGACGCACCUGGGCCAACUCCUUCGACCUCGCCCUCGGCGCCACAGCGCGCUACACCCUCCCUCAAACCCUGGCCCGCGCAAUCCACAACCUCACAAUCCUGUAUCCCUCGCCCUCCAACCACCAAACCAUCAUCGCGGCCCUGAAAUACGUUCGCCGGCACAUCCAGCGCGACCCGACCACGCUCGUCAAAGACAUGGACCUCUCCGCAAAUGAAGCCACAGAACAAUUGGAGAUGGAUCUUUUGCUUGGGAUAGGCAAUUGUUUCGUGGCGCCGGCGUAUUGCGACUGGACGGCAGAGGCUUCGUGGGAGAAUGCGGUGAAGUGUAAGGGGUUGUUUGGAAUUUUGGCGGAGAGGGUCAGGAUGGGGACUAUUGAUGGGAGAGAGGGAGACGGAGUGCCUUUCGAAGGAAAUAAGCAAUAUGGGACAAAGGAGUGGGAGGGGAGAAAAGAGAGAGAGGUAAGUGAAGAGGUGGAUUUGGAGGUACCGGAGCCGAAUACGCCUAGGGAGGAUAAGGACGCAUGGAAUGGGGUGAAGGUUGUGGCUUCUGGCUUUUUCUGA